AUGCAGAGGACUCAAAUGAGAGAAGGCGACUUGGGGGACUAUGUCGAUCCAACCGUCAAGUACAUCCCGUUGGAGCCUGUUCCAAACAACAUGAACGACAUUGACCCAGCCACCUUGGCAAAGUACCUCGACCCUGAAUUCAUUGAUGCAAAGCCAGACGAAAAGACAAAAGCAAUGGAGCAAUUGCAGUUGGAGGCCGAAGAGAGAAUGGACAUAGACUUUGAUUUAGACGAUGAUCUGGAACAAGAAUUGGAGGACGAGCAACUCAAGGCUGCCAGACUGCAACCGCGCGAAUACCAAUACGAGCUGUUCAGCAAGGCGCUGGAGGAAAAUGUCAUUGCGGUCCUUGACACUGGCUCAGGCAAAACACUCAUUUCCAUCAUGCUGAUCAAACAAAUGGUGUUACAGGAACGGCAAGAGAGACUCACAAGAAGAGAGACAAAACUUGCUUUUUUCCUGGUGGAUCGUGUGCCCCUCGUAUUUCAGCAAGCCAGUGUCAUUAGAGCCAACUGCGAUGUCAACUUGGAAGAAAUGUGUGGAGAAAUGGAUGUCGAUGCUUGGUCAGAAAAGCGAUGGAAGUUGAUCUUUGAAGAAAACGAUGUAUGUGUCAUGACAGCUCAGAUCUUCUUGGAUACAAUGCGCCAUGGGUUUAUCAGUUUGGAGAGGGUACAUUUACUGAUUUUUGACGAGUGCCAUCAUGCAACCAAGAGACAUCCGUUCAAUCUGAUUAUGCGUGAGUUCUAUGACAGAUGCCCAUUGGAGCAUCGACCCAAGAUUUUCGGCAUGACAGCAUCACCUAUGCACGCUAGAACCACAGUGGAACGCAGUGUCACUCAAUUGGAAAAGAACCUGAAUGCUAGAGUCUACACAGCAACCAACACGGAGAACCUGAAUAUCAGCAUCCCGAAGCCAAGGGAAUACUCAAUUCAUUACGAUCCAACGCCUCGAUAUGAAGAAACAGAAAUGUCGAAAAAGAUCAGAGAAAAGCUGGGAUCCAUCGGUCGCUACAAACGCUGUUUCAUCAUCACGCAAGACAUUCUGGCAAGCUUGGGUCCUUGGUGCAGUGAUCGCAUGUGGAAGAGUAUGCUGUCUGAACUGGAGCGAAAGAUGACCAACAUGACUCAAGAUCUGGAGAGAGACGCUCUGAUUGACGAAGAUCUCGCCUUGAAAGAAACGCAUGAAUAUGUGGAUCCUAUUGAAUUUCCUCGCAAUCCAGAUGUAUUCGACCGAAAUUUGUUUGCUCCCAAGAUAGCCGAGCUGAUUCGAUUACUGCAAUUCACAUCAGAAAGAAUACCCGACUUUUGCUGCAUCAUCUUUGUAGAACGAAGGCAUACAGCCAAAGCUAUCCAGGCACUGAUCGAGUCGCUUGAUAAACUGAGCCAUAUCCGCUGCGACAGUCUGACUGGCCAUGGAUCUACUGAAGAGGGCGAUGUGCAAAUGACAUUUGGAGAGCAAAAUAAAAUUAUCUCGAAAUUCAGAAGCGGUGAACUCAACUUGCUGAUUGCAACCAACGUAGCAGAAGAAGGUCUAGAUAUUCAGCCCUGUAACGUUGUCUUUCGCUUCGAUUUCUUUCAUACCCUAAUUUCCUAUAUCCAAUCUCGAGGAAGAGCGCGUAAGGAGGGCUCUAAGUUCAUCAUCCUGACAGAGGCCAACAAUGCAAGUCAAGAAGGCAUGUUGACAGAAUUUGCAAACCUAGAGGCCGACAUGAAGGAGUACUGUCAGACGAUUCCAGAGGAACGAAAUGUGGCCAGCAAAUACUCCAUCAGCAUGGACGUGGACUAUGAUUCUGACGAGGACUAUAUUUCAGAUGAAGAAGAAGACUUUAUGGCAGAUGCCUUCAUUGUCCCUGAAACAGGCGCGACCAUCACCAGGCAGAACGCUAUACCCUUGAUCCACAAAUACUGCAGCUCACUCCCAUCAGACAGUUUCUGCGUGCUGAAACCUAUCUUUGAAAACAUCGCCACCGGUGAAGGUUUCAUCUGCAAAUUGACACUACCAAGCAAUGCGCCCUUCCAGGAAAUUGAGUCUCAUGUUUGUGGCUCAAAGGAUCUUGCGAGAGCCUCCGUGGCACUGAACGCGUGUAUUCGUCUGAGAGAACUGGAUGCCUUGGACAAGCAUUUAUUACCUCGCAAUAUUCGCAGAGAAAUCUUGGGUGAGAUGGCGCCUCAGUAUGAUGAAAAUGGCUAUAUUAUUGGUAGUAGACGUCGUCAUGGUCUGUAUGAAAAAAGAACACCUAAAUUCUGGGAGAGACCAAGCUUAAUCGAGGAAGAGGAAGAAGACGUUGACGUAGAGGAUAAUCCUGAUCUACUGAAGGCUCAAGUGCAUGCGACAGCGAUAUCCGAUAGACAACCACUGGUAACAACUUUAGAUCAAACAGUGCAAAAGGAAGGUGCCACAGAAUCAAGUCAAGAAGCAGGGAUUCCAUCAGUCAAUGGUAUUGCUAAUGGCGAGGCAUCGACAAAUGAUCAACAUACUGAGGGUCAGGAUGCAACGGCAGAACAACAACAACAACAACAACAAGAAGAAGAGACGGAAGAACAACUAGGCGAAGGCCCUUUCUCUUGCUAUUUUACAGUGUUUGAGGUGCAACUUCCCGACAACAAAUUUGAACAUAUACCCCUCCGUCGACUCUGCUUGAUCUCCAAGAAGCCCUUUCCAACAUUAUCCGACCUAAAGCUCUUUCAUAAAAGCAUGCCCUUUUACGUCCGACUUCGCAACAUCAGCACAGAAAUCAUGUUUGACCGCGAGAAGAUUUUACUAUUAUCAGAGUACAUGAAGAAGUUGUUGACAGCACUUAUCAACAAGGUGUUCCAUUGCCCUAUUUUGGAUAUCCCCUAUUACAUUGUGCCGUUGGUCAAACACUGCGAAAAUACAGCGUUUGAAGCGUUACCUCCUUCAGCCUUUGAAGCACUGAUAGAUUGGGUCGAGAUUGAUAGAAUUAUAGAAUCCAAAUUAACGCCAUUUUCCUUAGAAGAUUGUGAUACCACAGAUAGUAUCGUUGUUGAUCAAUCAGACAACAUGCGUCGUUACUUUGUGACCCAAGUGAGAACAGACAUGAGUCCGCUUAGCCCUGUGCCUGAAGGUGUCAAUAUCCGAGAGACCGGAUACGCUUCGUUUGCUGAUUACUACAAUGAAAAGAAACUUGUGGAAGACUUGGAUACCAAUCAGCCAAUGCUGCAAGUCAAGCGUUUGAAAAAAAUCAUGAACUUUCUGUACCCUGGUCAAAUUAUGCCAGCUCAAAUGAAGGGACCAAUGUCAACCUGGACAGUGCCUAGCUUUUGUCAACGCUUCUUUAUGAGUGCAAGCGUUUAUCAGGCAACGAUGAUGAUACCCUCCAUCAUGACCCGAAUUGAUUCAAUUUUACUAUGCCGUCAAUCUGCUGAAAGGUACGAUUUGCCUAUUGAUGAUGCCAACAUGCUAGAAGCCUAUACAACACCUUCUGCAAGUAUGGAGAUGAACUAUGAACGUCUUGAAACACUGGGUGACUCGCUGUUAAAAUUCAUUGCUACUAUUCGUCUCUACAUCAAUUUCCCUUUCAGUAAUGAAGGUGAACUGCAUCACCUGCGUAUUCGUGUCAUUUGUAACAGAGCACUGUAUCGAUCUGCGAAACGUCUCAAGUUUUACAGAUAUAUUACCAGUCAAGCGUUCAACCGACGUUUCUGGCGUCCACCAGGAUUCACAAGUCCAGCUGACAACCAAGAAACGAUGAACGGCUUAAAAUACCACAAAUUAUCUGACAAGACCCUCGCUGAUAUUGUCGAAGCUUCUUUGGGUGCUGCUUAUCUCAGCAAUGGUCUGGAAGGUGGUCUUCAUGCUGCUAUUCAACUCCAAAUUCCCUUUGACGAGAUCAAAACCUGGGACGAUUUCAAGCCUACUUUUGAAGAGUCUCGAAAGCAAGUACCUGCUCGUGCCGAAGUGAGAGCGUUGCGUAGCUUGGAUCUGCCCAAGCUAACUGAAAUUGUGGGUCGUGAAUUCCAAACACCUUUAUUGAUCGUGGAAGCAUUGACGCAUGCCAGUUUGCCCAACUCAACAUCACCAUGUUAUCAACGUUUGGAAUUCUUGGGCGACGCUAUUCUUGAUUUUAUGGUCAUUCGAUAUCUUUUCGAUAAAUACCCAGAUGCUAAUCCAGGCAUCAUCACUGAUCUUAAAGAUUCUUGCGUCAAUAAUCAUAUCCUGGGUAUUGUCUGUGUCGAAACUGGGCUGUACAGACACAUUAUUCAUUAUUCUGGCAAGCUGAUCCGAGCCAUCGAAUUUUUUGUGCGCGAGGUCGAAGAAACAAAAGCCAAGGGCGAGGCAGUGGGUGAGUACUGGGUUGAUUUUAACAUUCCCAAGGUAUUAUCGGAUGUCGUGGAGAGUAUGCUAGGCGCUACAUUCGUAGAAGCUGGUUUCCGUCUGGAGGCUGUGGAAGAGCUAUUUGCCAAAUGGUUCUUACCCAUCUUAGAUAACCAUGUUACUCCUGAAUUGAUCAAGAUCCAUCCAUUGCGAAAACUGAUGACUGAUUUGCAACGAUUUGGCUGUGAUAGUUUUAUGCUCAGAAACCACGGCUCUGGAGAAACUGGACCUGAGAGUCAGAAAUGUGUCAUCUUCUUGCACGACAAACCUCUGGCUACUGGAUCUGAUUGGAACAUCAAGACAGCUCGUCGACAUGCUGCCACCAAAGCAAGUCAAAGACUUGCAGAUGAGCCUGGUCUUUUGGAGUCCAUCUGUAACUGUAGAGUGUCUAUGAUCAAGCGAGGUUUGAUGGAGGAUGAUAGACUCAAGAAGAUGCUGGAUGAUGAUGAGGAUGACCCUUAG